AUGGACUUUUCAGGUAAUGCUUCUGCUCUUCAGACUGGAACCCAAACCGGAUCCAUUCAUGGAAUUGAUACUUGCCUCCUGGACCCUGUCGAUGGUAUGUCGACUCAGAUGUACUGGCCCGGAUAUGAUGCCACCUUCUCUCUUCCUGAGGCUAGCCCUCUGCACGUUGUUCCAUCUCACAUGCAGCUUGGACCUGAUGUCUCUCUUGCCGAGAACUCUCCUCCCAGCCCUUGGGACUGCUUUUCUAGCUCUAUCUCCCGCUCAUCUUCCCCAAACACUAUUGAGGACUUGUGGUUCCCUAACCAGAGCCCCAACUCCUCCCCUCAGAUUCAGUGCCAGUCACCAAGCCUUGAUCGCAACAUUCCAUUGAUCUCCGAGGAUGCCAACGGAAAGGCCCUUACAACCCUUGAUGAUUUCCCCGCUGCUUCUGCCUUCACUGGACCCCGACGUCAGAACAGCGAUGGUGAGUCCGCACGGGACCACGACCUCUACAAGAAGGCUGCUCCCUUCGAGGAUGGACUCUACCACUGCCCCUGGGAAGGCCAGCCCAGCUGCAACCACCGACCUGAGAAGCUUAAGUGCAACUAUGACAAAUUCGUUGACUCUCACCUGAAGCCCUACCGCUGCAAGGCUGAUUCCUGCGAGGGUGCUCGCUUCUCAUCCACUGCUUGCCUGCUUCGCCACGAGCGCGAGGCUCAUGGACUCCACGGCCAUGGUGACAAGCCUUUCCUUUGUGUCUAUGAGGGCUGUGAGCGUGCUGUCCACGGAAACGGAUUCCCUCGCCAGUGGAACCUGCGUGAUCACAUGAAGCGUGUCCACAAUGACCACGGAAGCUCCAGCGGCUCCCCUACAACUGGAUCUGCUCAGCCCGCCAAGGGACGUAAGCGCAAGACUGAGACCUCGGAGACCCAGACUUUCAACAGCCGCAAGGCGGCUGUCAAGUCCAUGCCUCCUCCCCCGGAGCCCAAGGAGAACUUGACCCAGCCUCUUAUUGACCAAUGGAUGGAGCACCACAAGGCUGUCCAGAGCCUCAUGCGAAAUGUUGUCAAGCCUGAGGAUGUCCAGAACCUUCAGCACAUCGGAACUAUCCAGAACCGUCUGAACUCCAUGAUCAAGCUUACUACCGACCUCAACGCCAUCAACAACCCUGGAAACACCCUCGCUGGCACUGGCUGA